CUAUGACGGUCUAAUUCAUGCGCAGUCUUUUCGGACACGUCGACGCUUCACCAUCUCCCAAUCACAACUUACUCUAAAGUUCGGUCAAAUGAAAUUGCUAUCUGCACUCAGCUUCCUUGCCUUUCCGUUGCUCUUGGUACUCGCAGCGGAAGCUCCCACUGAACUUGAGAUCAAUACUACAUUCUCACCAGAUGAAUGUACACUGAAAGCCGAGAGCGGUGACUAUGUCAAAGUGCACUACACUGGUACUCUGUUCUCAAAUGGAAACAAGUUUGACUCGAGUGUUGACCGCGGAAAGCCUUUCGAACUGAAACUCGGAGCUGGGCAAGUCAUUAAAGGAUGGGACGAAGGUCUCCAGAACAUGUGCAAGGGGGAGAAGCGCACGCUAACAAUUCCGCCUGAGAAGGCAUAUGGACCACGAGGCUUUGGUAAUGUUAUUCCACCAAAUUCAGUCCUCGUCUUCGACGUGGAGCUUAUCGAUGUGACGAGAAAGGCAUCCAAAGAGGAACUAUAGGCAUUCUAUUCUUAUUCGUGAAAUAUAUGUUCUCUGCGCGGAUAUGAAAAAAUGAUUCCC